AGAUUCGGUAUAUUUAAAGUAUUUAUUUCCUAAGUUUUUAAAAUCUGAAGCUUACAAAUUUUUCUACACCAACGAAGGCCAAAAGUUUUCUAUAGCUAAUUAUUGGAAUGAUCCUCAUCAUCAAACUGAAUAUAAGAAAUACUCUAAUUAUCUAGCUAUAUUAAAUAACCAGACCUUUAAUCCUAGAAGUCAAGAGUUCAAGAAGAAUUUUAUGAAACUAAAGAAACUCGUUCUAAUAGGAGGUCCUAAUGAUGGUGUGAUAACUCCAUGGCAGUCUAGUCAGUUUGGUUUUUAUAAUAAGAAUGGAACUGUAGUGGAAAUGAGAAAGGAACCUUGGUAUACGGAUGAUUGUUUUGGAUUAAAGUCCCUAGAUUCAAGAAAAGCGAUACAUACACACACAGUACCUGGUGUAGAACAUGUUCAUUGGUAUAAUACAAAACCAGUGUAUGAGAAAUAUAUUUUACCAUAUCUCACUUAAAAACAGAUUGUUAGUAUCUUUGGUGCCUUUUGCUUUAAAAUCGCAAUUAAAAAAAACUAAAUCUGAAUUACUUUUACUGACUUGUACACUUAUUUAUCAUAAAUAAAAUAAAAACUGUAUUUGAUAUGAGUUCUAUAUUUUUUUAAUAAAAAAAUUAUCAUCUUGAAUCUUUAACAAUGUUCCAAUAUUUUGAAAACCUUAAACAAUCAAAUGAUUUGUUCGUGAUAUAUAGGUUUCUGAUUAACACAUUGUCUCCACAUCUCCUGUCUUCUUGAAGACUUAUAAGAAAAAAUUUAUAUAAGCUCUAUUUUGCCAUUUUUAUCUUGAACAUUGUGUUAAAAUACUUACUACCACUCAGCAUUUCUCAUUGAGCUUUGCCCUGCCUUGAAGGACCAUAUAGCUGCUAGUGAAUUGUUGUUAAUAUUUAUCACACUUUUGUUUUGCUUUAUUUUUUCAAAUAGUCACAAUUUAAUCAUAUUCGUUUAUUUUUGUUGCUCUGGUCUAAGCGAUAAUAUAUUUUACAUUUGAUAUUUUUGUCAUAUUUGUUAUUUUUGUAUGUCAAUUGUUUUUGCUGUAAAUAGACUUUUGGUUAAAAUAACAUUUUUUUAAACAAAGAUCUUAUCCCCUCAGUUCUUGAAUAGCAAAGUGUAAUUCAUAUCCCGAAUACAGGUUGUGACAUGGUAUGACGAAGGGGGGCGUGGUUUGGACACAGUGAGUGUAAUUGGAAGUUUUACCUGAUAGGGUUUAUAAAGAUAUAUAUUGUGUUGUCUAAAGAGACACAUAUAAAAGUCUUUUUAAUUGAUUAGUCUGUGUUUUUGUUCAAAGUAAACCCGAUCUAUCUAUGCCUAGUAACAGCCAUAGAUUAAUAUAAGAUUUAAAAAUAUAUAUACAUUUAGUACCGCACUCCAUAGUGUUUCCCUAUUGUUCAUGUCGGGAAGACAGACGAAUAGGAGAGGUUCUGUAUUGAUUUUACUAACAAUAACAAACAAUUCACUGUGGAAUUUUUAAUCACAGAACAAUAUGAUAUAUUGAUUAUUACUGAUCAUCGAGAUUUGACAUAAAAAUUGGAUAUUGGCAAUCGAAAACAUCCAGCGGAGCGUGAAAUUACAGUGCACACCCAAUGUUUCGUUUCCGAGUCAUUAAAAGUUUCGUUUUUCAGUGCCCUUCUAUUGAUUUAGAUUUCGGCCCUAUCUUGACAUUGAUAAUGUAUCUCGGAAAUAAUGCAAGGGCCUUCGCCUGUUAGGUGAAGUGGGGUCAAGGUAAGAACAGUCCUCAUGCCACAACUAAUGAUUCCGAACUUUCGUUCAGCCGUCUACUGGCUAUGAUAUCUUGUAUUGUUUUUUAAAUAUUGUUAAAAUAUUUCAAUUUUUUUCUCAGAAAAAAUAAUGUUUUGAUCC